AAAGAAAGGAGCAAUCUGAAAAGCGUUGACACCAGUUUAGAUUUCACUGAAGACAGCAAGAGUUGGCACAGGCUAGACAGUACACUCCACCUUCUACAAGCAUGCUAACUGCACUAAGGCUUUGCUGGAUUGUACCUUUGUGCUUAGCUUUGCACAUCAGACAGAGCUGUGGCUCUGCAGUCUGCUUCCCACGUCUUCCCUUGUUUCUGGGAGAAAACUGUCUGUGCUUGGCCCUGAUCCUGUGCUAACCUGGCCACGCUGGCUCUGCAGUAUGGGAGCAUGGCUGACCCCACCUUCCCAAAUGUCCCCAUCUUCCAAAUGCAAGUGGUCCUGCGGGUGACAGUGGUAUUAUACGCAUGUGGAAUCGCCUGGCUCCUGAAAAACCCUUAUCACUUUGUGCAGACUACAGCACUGUUCCUUCUAUUCGAUUAAUGAAUCAGAGCAUAAAAGCAACAUGUGGCAAAUGAGCCAUGAAAGCCUCAUUAAUGUAUUGUUCUAGAAGGACAAUUACAAAGGUGUCGUGAAGGGCAAGCAGGUAGAAUAUAUUCUCCUUAAUUGUUCAGGAGGACACUUACAAAUUGCAGAAGCUUCCUGAAUUUUAGUGCCGUUGAUGCGACCUCUGGAGAUUCUUGAUUGAAGUUCAGCUUUCCUAGGGUGAUCCUUUUUGCGUGUGGGUGAUAAAUAACGUUCUGUAAACCAAGAGCAGUGCAGACAUGAGUUAGCGGUAUGCUACCUGGGCCGCAGACCAUUCACAAUGAGACAAUGGAUAAUUAAUGGACAGUUAUUGGUUUGCUGGACAUUUCCUCCCGUUUGAGUCUUGCCGGCACACAGGCAGCAGCGCUGCCCGCCUGGGUUGGCUCUGUUCGGCUCGGGGGCACUGGCUGCUCACAGCAGGGCCCAGAGACACCGUGCUGUGGCCCUUAGAGUUAAUGAAGGAUUUCGUCUCAAAAAGGGUUUAACAUGCCCAAAUCCUAUUAACUUCUAAGAGCGCUGUGAUUAUUAUGCCUCUUUUAAGAUGACGGCCCAAUGAUUUUAAUUACCGUAACGUGUUUUAUACGUUUCGUUGUUAAACCGUCACCUGCCCCUUAGCAGCAACGCUCUCCCCGUGCAUGGGAACGGCCGCGUGACGGGUGUGGACGCGGUGCGGGGAACACCUUCACCUUCCCGACCGCAGCCCGGGCAGCCGCGCUCCUUGCCCCUCCUGCAGCUGGAGGGUGCCGGCCAGAGCCCCGAGCACCUCAGGAACGGCGGGGGUGAGACGCCCGGCCGGGCGCUGCUUUCGCGUUGCUUUCGGCUCCAGCCCAGGCUCCCCGCCGAGCGCCCGCUGCCCGAUAUCGGCGCCUUUCGCCGCUCCGCCCGGCGGCCUGCCGGGGGCGUGCCGAGCCGUGCCGAGCCGGUCGGAGCCGUGCCGAGCCGUGCUGCCCACAAAGGCCGGCUUUGGGGGCGCCGGGCCGGCACCGCUCCUCCCCGCGGCUCUGCUCCGGCACCCAUCAUGGCUCCGCGCGCCCCCCGUCCUCUCCUCCUCGUCCUCCUGCUGCUGCCGGGCGGCUGCGGGGCCGGCCUGCCCCCGGAGCCACCGCCGCCGCCGAGCCCGCAGCUGCUGCCCCAGCCCCUGCCCGAGUCGGCUCCGCAGGAGCCCACCGUGCUCCUGGCCAUCAUCGCCCGCAACGCGGCGCACACGCUGCCCCACUUCCUCGGCUGCAUCGAGGGGCUGCGCUACCCCAAGAGCAGGAUCGCCCUCUGGGCGGCCACUGACCACAAUGCUGAUAACACCACAGCAAUCCUUAGAGAGUGGCUGAAGAAUGUGCAGAACCUCUACCAUGAUGUGGAGUGGAGGCCAAUGGAAGACCCACAGUCUUACCCAGAAGAAAUUGGGCCAAAGCAUUGGCCAAGCUCCCGGUUCACCCAUGUGAUGAAACUCCGACAGGCUGCCCUGCGUGCUGCGCGAGAGAAGUGGUCAGACUACAUCCUGUUUGUUGAUACAGAUAAUUUACUGACCAACCCACAAACCCUGAACCUGAUGAUAGCAGAGAACAAGACAUUGGUGGCACCAAUGCUCGAGUCUCGCUCUCUCUAUUCUAACUUCUGGUGUGGCAUCACCCCCCAGGGCUAUUACAAAAGGACCCUGGAUUAUCCCCUGAUUCGGGAAUGGAAGAGGACAGGCUGUUUUGCUGUCCCAAUGAUUCAUUCCACAUUCCUCAUUGACUUGAGGAAAGAGGCCUCUACCAAGCUGAUGUUCUACCCGCCCCACCAGGACUACACCUGGAGCUUUGAUGAUAUCAUGGUCUUUGCCUUCUCCAGUCGCCAAGCAGGAAUUCAGAUGUACAUCUGCAACCGUGAGCACUAUGGUUUCCUUCCCAUGCCCCUGAAAUCACAUCAGACGCUGCAAGAAGAAACUGAGAACUUUGUGCACACGUUAAUUGAAGCUAUGAUUGACCGUCCUCCCAUUGAACCUUCUCAGUAUGUCUCUGUUCCUCCAAAGCACCCUGACAAGAUGGGAUUUGAUGAAAUUUUCAUGAUCAAUCUGAAGCGUCGGAAAGACAGACGGGAUCGGAUGCUGCGGACUCUCUAUGAACAGGAGAUUGCAGUCAAGAUAGUGGAGGCUGUGGAUGGAAAAGCACUGAACGCGAGUCAGCUCAAAGCUCUCAGCAUUGAUAUGCUUCCGGGUUACCGUGACCCGUAUUCCUCCCGGCCACUAACCAGGGGAGAGAUCGGCUGCUUCCUUAGUCACUAUUACAUCUGGAAGGAGGUGGUGAACAGAGAACUGGAGAAGACGCUUGUUAUCGAGGACGAUGUGCGCUUUGAACACCAGUUUAAAAGGAAGCUCAUGAAGCUGAUGGAUGACAUUGAAGAAGCACAGCUAGAUUGGGAGCUUAUAUACAUUGGACGGAAAAGGAUGCAGGUGCAGCAGCCUGAGAAAGCAGUUCCCAAUGUCAUGAACCUCGUGGAAGCUGAUUAUUCUUAUUGGACCCUGGGGUAUGCAAUCUCUUUCCAAGGUGCUCAGAAACUAAUUGGAGCUGAGCCUUUCAGCAAGAUGCUGCCUGUAGAUGAAUUUCUGCCGGUCAUGUACAACAAGCACCCUGUAGCAAAGUACAUGGAAUACUAUGAGUCCAGAGACUUGAAAGCCUUUUCAGCAGAACCACUGCUUGUUUACCCCACCCACUACACAGGGCAGCCAGGCUACCUCAGCGACACAGAGACCUCUACUAUCUGGGACAAUGAGACCGUGUCAACUGACUGGGACCGAACACACUCCUGGAAGUCCCGGCAGCAGGGCAAGAUCCAUAGCGAUGCCCAGAACAAGGAUGCCCUGCCUCCUCAGUCAUCUCUCAACACGCCAUCCUCCAGGGAUGAGCUAUGACUGCCUGCUUCCCCUGGGCUCUGUUGGCAGCUGAACCUGCCUCACACCUGCUUUGCACCCUUGAAAGUUGUAGAGCAGCUGUUCAUGUGGUCUCCUUCCUGCUACCUGGAAUGGCAAAGCAGGGUGGUUGGACCUGGUUGUGUUACAACUUACCAGGCUGCUUUUCCAGGACUGCGGGGAGAGGAAGGAGGAAAAAGUGUUCCAAACUGGCUGAAAAAAGGCAGAGAUCUGAACAAAAGCCUUUGCAAGCUUUUGUAAACAAACAAACAAAACAAAAACCUUGAACGACGUCUUUCUACAGUACAUUGUGUAGAAUACUGUAUUUAUAAAGAUUAAUAUAUAGAGGUGUACAAGUGUUAAUACCUUUCUGGAUAGCUGUAACUGGGCUGCUGUGUAACUGUUACUUCUUGUAGGUUUGUAGGCUUUUAUAACCCUGUUUGCUGAGAGAAGCUGCAGGCAAGUGUUUGGGUUAUUUGGUUUUGUUUUUCAAAGGAAUCCCUGUCAGAAUCAACAUGGUUUCCAAAAAUGUUCAGUGCACUGGAGCGGUGCUCCAGUGUAGUGUCUUCUCCUUCAUCGCACUUCUGCAGAAUAACAUUUCUGACUCCCCUCUAAAUUUAAAGACUUCCUAGAUCCCAUCCAGGUAGGUCUGCCAGUCUGGAACUGAUACCUUGGCAUGUCUAGAAUCUUGGAAACUAGCAGAUAAAGUGGUGGUUGCCCCUUCUGUUUUUCUCUGCACUGUCUGAAGGGAACAUGCCUUGCUUUCUCCCUGCCUCAAUUUAUUCCUUCGGGAAAAGAAAGCCUGACAACCUUUUUGCAGGCCUGUUUAAGUAGGCUACAAAAACAAGCAUAGGACUUCUAGGACAUUUGAUUUUUAUAGUUCUGGUUACAAACUUCUUAUACUAUCCUAAUAGAACAACUGACCAAAAUGUUAGUGCUGUCAACUGUACUGUUCUCAACAGCCUUGAUAGAAUUGUGUUACAGGACGGAAAGGCAACUUGUCUUGAUAUUUUUUCACGUGAGGAGCAAACUGACUUGCUGUUGGCUAGCAUGUCAGCAGAGUGUGAUUUUUUUUUUUUUUUAAAGGUUUCUUAGAGGCCAGGUGAUUGUGGACUACACUGCUUAGGUUUAGCUGGCACAGGUCUCAACCUGCAGGCUCUUGUUGCAGGGGACAAUGUUCUCCUGCACUAGCAAACUGGAGACUCACCUGCUGGCUAUUCUGUACAGUUGAGUAUGUGUGGUUGUUUGUUUUUUAUUGUUGUUUGUUUUUAAUAAUUACUGAUCAAAGUUGUGCUUUCUGCUAAAGAAGACAUGUUAUUAUUACCUGUCAGCGGGUCUGAUAAUACAUAGAACCUGGUGCAAGACAAGCCGCUGUGUGUACUCUUCAUUGGGUGGGAGCAGGCCCCAGCUGGGGAGGCCAGUUCUCUGCCUCUGGGCUGGCUCACGCUCAGCUGUGUUGAAGUAAAGUGGUUUCCAACAAGCCUGCUCUGGCUCUGGGAAGACAUUGAAGUCCAAGCUAGUGAAGUCAAGAGUGUUUUCAGCUAUGUUACUGUACCAUGGAGUUGUUGGCCAUUUGUUUGUACUGCAGCUAUUGCCUUGAAGCCAUGUUCCUUCUGCUGUUCAGGAUGGAGCAGGUGGCCCUGCGGCAUGGUGAGUAUGGAGGGCAGGUCUGCCAUGUGCCACCAUGCAUAGCCUGGACUGUUCCUCUUUGACAAGACCUCCUGCCUCUUCCUUAGGCCUUGCUUUACCAGCAGCAACUCUGACCCAUUUCAAGUGUUGUUGACCAGGGCGAUCCCAGAGACACUGGUAAGAAGCUUAAUGUGGCCUUCAGAAGUAGAUCUCUGAGCUGGUGAGCACCCAGCGUAUUGUCACAUGUCGCGAUGUGUAAGAGUACAGCGUUAUGAAGUUUUUCAGUUACGUCAUGCUUCCCUUGGGACUGGGGCUGAUUUCUUCAGGCCUUUGGUAGUGCUUUUUGAGAGCUGGGUAGCUGCUGGAGCCGUGUUGGGAAGGAUGCACGAGAGGAGAGGGCCCCAGCUUGGUGUCACUCCCUGUGGGCUUGCAGCCUUGCUAACUAAUGUGCGUGCAUAUCUGAGACUGGCAGAACAGUGGGGAUGAGCCAGUGUGGGAUGGGUGAGUGCCUUUGUCUUGGUGCCGUUUCCUAAUCUAACUGUGGCUGCCUCAAAGGUUUGUUACAAUUAUGCUGCAUAUCUCCUCCAGCCUCGUGUGCUUUUUUGGUCAGUGUUGGACCCAUCUGUGUCUGAGCGAGGCCCGUCUUCCCCUAGCCAUGGGAAUGACUUACCCAUGUGAGCACUGCUUUGGCCAGCCCUUCUUCUCCUGACCUUUCAUGACCAUAUUGAAGCAGUUCCUCCAUGAACGUCUUGGCUGAAAACAUACCUUGUGCUGCUCACGGUACUCUCCGCUUCGUGGUGGGGGCUGGAGAGGGCUGGCAAUGGGUGCACGUGCAUCAUCCCAACUCCCAGACCCACUCGCUGGGCUGGGGUCCUGCUGUGCUCGAGGGUGGGUGGACAGCAGAGCCUGGCAGCACUCCUUCCUUCCGCCCCUUCCCUGGGUGCCAGGCUCAGGGCCGCGCAGCAGGAGCAUCACUGUGUGUUGGGGAGAGAGGAUGGUUUCUUGCCUCCGUGGGGGCUUGAUCCUGUAGCUCAUAGUGAGGGGGAGUUUUGUCUGAGGAAGGUCUGCACAAGCAGGCAGCUAGUGAAGCCAUUGCUGCACUGGCCAGGCAGGAUAUGUAUCAUGGACUAAAAAAAAUGGAGGUUGGGUCCCUCUGCUUUUUUUUAACCUUACUGUAGCUCAUUCAAAUGAUUAAAAAAAAAAAAAGUCUCUCUGCAUCACCACUACAGCCUUUUGUGUUGGAGCACUGGGCUUCCCCAGCUUCACAGCAAGCCCCGCUGAUGUGCAGAGGGAAAGGACGUGCGACUGGGUGAGGCUGGCUCUGGUCAGCGGUAGGUGCUGCGCGGCCGCUUGGGCAUGGCUGCCUCUCAGCGACUGAGCUGGCAAGCGUGGCUGGUGCUGUCUGGAGGUGGUGCUGUUGGUGGAGGUGCUUUGGAAGCUCAGGUAAGCUUAGUUUUAUUUAGCUUUGAUUUCCUGGAGCCAAGCAGUAGCAGUUUAUUAAAAAACGACAGCUGGGUUGGGUUUGUUUUUGUAUUUCUUGUGUGUGUUUUCUUUUAGUCGACUCUGGAAGUGCAUGUACAGGAGUUUGGUAUUUUUGGGGGGGGAGUGAAACAAAUUAAGAAUGGAAGUUAUAAUUAAUGAAUUAAUUGAAUGCAUCCAUUUCAGAGCAGACCUGGUCUCACUCUAGCUCAUUAUUAUUUUACCUAUAGACAUCUGCAUGUGUGUGUGUACAUGGACAAUGUUUUAUUUCUAUGUGCCAGAUGUGGUAGAUGGCAGUGGUUCUACCUGCUAUGACAGGUGCUGUUUUUCCUUGCCUCAGUUCCUUGGCAGGUGGUGCUCAGGCUUUGCCCUACUCAGAAUGAGCUGUGUUUUGGAGACGUAGGAGCCAGUCAAAACACUUCUGCUGUUUUUCCACUUUUCACGUACUUAUUUUUUUGCCUAAUGUCAUGAGCUUCAAAACGAGUGGAAGCAGGAGCCAGCUUGAAGCAGCCUCCUGGCUCUGGCUGAGACCCUAGUUUGCUAUGGGCAGUGCAGGACACUGGGGCGCGGCACGGCGCAAGCAUGAAAGGGGUGUCCCUGCUGCGUCUUGCAUGGGCAAGGGGGUGCCUUGUGGUGCAGCCCUGGGCUUGGGAGGCCUGGCUCAGAGCAGGCAGGCGGAUGUGGUCGGACUUGGGAUGCAGCAUAUGAAGUUGCAGGGUGAGGAGAGCGCAGCCCCUGUUGUCUGUAUGCCAGUUAUGCAUCUUGAAACUGGGUUUGUGUUAGCAGAACUUAAGUGGUAGGAAUUUGCCAGGCAGCUUGGGGAAGCAAGGAAGGCUUUUUUUUUUUUUUUUUUUUCUUCUCUCCCUUCCUCACCUCAGGUUUUUGCUCUGCUGUGGAACAUCUGUGCUAAGCCCCAGGAGGCGCCAGCUGAUGAAAACCACCCAGCAAGUGCCUACCGUGCUGAGGCUGGCGACAGACCAGAGGAAGCUAGAAACAAGUUUGACAAAGAACAGGUAGCAUGACAGCUGAAAAAAAGCAGCUUGUUUGCAAGAAAGGUUACAAUGACAGGCCCUAAAAAUGAUUAUCUGCAAUAAGACUGCUUAUAACCUAACAACUCUGUCUUUGCUUUUGUUUAAGAAGUGCUGUUUAUAGUGAAAAAUAGGGCAAUACGAAAUUCGUAGUUGACAAAUACAUUGUGUAUGUCCUGAAGGAAGCCGAACAGGCUUUGCUGUUGUUGGUUCCUAACCCUGUGUCCAUCUCCCCUCUCCCCCCACCCCUAGGUAGUUUAAUGAGAAAAAGAAAAAAGCUGCAGCAUAAAUUCAGAGUAUUCCUUCUUUUGCCUUGGCUUUGCAACAUCUGAGUGGCUCUUUAGUGACAAAGACAACUUCCCCACCUCAUAGCCUGUGGCAGAUGACUGCCGGUAGUUUUACGCGUCUUGCCUGAUGAGGAAUGGCAGGUCAGCUGCGGGGGAGCCACGAGGGGAAGAGGCAAAGCAGCUGUGAUGCAAAUGCCCCAUUUUUGUACUGUUGUGCAGGCAGCAACAACAAAGGGUUGUGAGGCCAGGAGAAAACAUGACAUGGUGGUAAAAAGGGGCAAAGAUGGACCACUCAAAGCAUUCUUUUUUUUUUGUAUUAACUUGCUGCAGAAAUCAUUCGGUGACCCAAAAGAGAAUGCGGUCAUGAAAAAGUAAAAUUUGUGCAUAGUCGGUGUUCCCCAGUUAGCUGCAACAGAAACAUUAAACAGAAAGCUCAGGAAACAGUAUAAAAUAUUCCAUAGAAAGCAACAGAUUGGUGUGUUUGUGAUGGAUGUGCUGGGAUGGCUUUUGCUUUGCUGACAUUUACUUUUAGCCCUCAGCAAGUUCCUUGCAUUCCUGCAGUGUGACUGUGGAGGGCCUGUGCAGCUGCUGCCACUCAAUGGGCAAUGCAGGUGAGAGGGAGGUGACUCAGAAGCUGUCAUUGUAAGGUGUUUUUUUUUGAAGCACUGCUGUGAUUCUGGUGGUGGUCACAAACAAUAUAGAACUGCUACUUAGGGGGAUGUCAAGAGUGGAACAAUGCUGAAGGAAGAUUGUAGCUAAAAAGUUACAGCUAAAGGUAAGAAUAAGCUGCCAUUCGCAGCCCUGGAAAGAGAGGGUUUCAGAUGGGUUGUGGGAGCUGGAAGAAGCUGAGAACAGUUAAAACAAUAAAUGUGAUGAUGUUGAAGAUGUGACAGAAGGUGGUGUGAAACGUAAAAAAAAAAAAUUAAAAAAAAAUGCAUGAGUCAUAAAAUCUAAGAAAGUAGAUUAACUUCAGACAACUAUUAGUGAAAAAAUGUUUAUAUACUUACUGUAUAAAGAUUACAGAUAAGCAGUUAAUUUUUUUAAAAAAUAUAUAACUUUUUUUUAGGGGGGCUGUCAUUUAAAAAUCACUUUCAGCUUAAUAUGGGCACACAACCUCAGAGUUAGCAACGCUGUAAUUUACAAAGGAUACGGUACAGGCAUCAAUGCACGCUUAUACAAUAAUGCGAGGAAAACAACUUCUUUUGUAAACUUGUGCUAACUCUGGGCAAAGGUUAAGGCUCAGUUAUAAACUCAACAUCUUCACCCUCUCACCAGAAAUAGUUUGUGUUUUUGAACUACUCAGGCUAUGACCUGUACAGUGCUGCUUGUGACUAGAGGUCACAAUCGUGUAGUCACAUCUUCGUGUAGUGCAGAACACGGCACAACCAACUGCUGCUUGUAUCAUGAGUUUAUCACUGAUUGUUAAAGUAAUCUGAGCCCAGUUUUGAAAAUGGCAACUACAGAACUGGUGGAAAAAAAGCCUCAGGCAUGUGUAAAAUUCAGUAUUUGAGUUUAUUUUAACUCAUACUAAUGUAUCUCAAAGACAGCCUGUUCUGUAAGGGCUGUUUACAAUCCAAUGUCUCAUUUAUGGCUUUUUAAAAUCAAACCUCUGUCCUUUCAAGGAAGCCUGUAUUCUGGGAAGAGACUCUAGGAAGAUGUUACUUAAAGUUUCACAGAGAGCAGAUGCUUAAAUUCUUUAUUCCAGCUGAAAGAAUGUACCAUGUCAGGAAAUUCAUUUAAUAGAUGUAUAUAAAGAGCAAGAGAGGUGGCUGGAGAUUAUGCAUAAUAAUGCUACAACUAUAUAAAAUCUCUGGUUGGUUGGGGUAAUGCUAAAAACCUGGCUAUUUUCUCUCAAUAGCCACUUUUAAAAUAAAAGGUUUGUAGUUGCUUCUCGUGGAAUGAAACUUGGAUUAAUGCAGGCAAAAUUUUGCUCCUGAAGAGUGAUUGCACAUUACAAAGAGGUACAUCUGUCAUUUCAGAGUACAUGCAAAAGGCAUCGGUUUCUGUUGAAUGGGUUAGCAAAGCAAAAGGAAAACCGCACAGUAGUGGCAUUAAGACAAGCCCAAAAUCCAUACAAGUAGUGUUUGUUGCCUUGUUCAUUAACAAAUCAUGACAUUCAUCUGAAAGCAAGUGCGGUCCAUUCUCUUAAUGUUCUUUGGGGGGGGGGAAGAAAAAGGGGGCUAAUUUUCUGGCUUU